GGGCCUCAUUCAAGAUGGUGAUUCUGAAACCAAAGCAUGUGUUUGCGGUGCAAUGAGCAAGUUAGGCUUCCGUAACACCACGAAUGUUUUGGCGAUGAUCAAGUUUCCUGGUAUGUUGACUGCACUCACACAAUUGCUGGAUGUUACAGCCCAUCCGCACAAUGUACCUAUCCAAGCUUGGCGAGUGUUGCAGAACUGUGUCUCUGGGAUAGAUGAGGUGAAGGUUAUCCUCUGCUCGAAUAAUGAUGUGGUGUGGAGGAUGAAGGAGGCUUGCGCGAGGGACGGGAUACCUGACGAGAUUCGGAUGAGAGCCGUCAGUGUUAUCAUGGGAGUCAGCUAAGAUGCACCUUGUGAAGACGCGCAUCCCAGAAGAGGCUUUACAGGCCGUCUUGUCUUCUCAAUGCAACAUGAAGAAGGGGGAUGCUACGCGCAUCCGGGCAACCUUGGCCUCUGCAAACCUGUGCGGGAGAG